AGGUCAGUUCAAACCGUCUGCGACAGAAGAAGCGGCGAAGGACGACCGACAGUUUUGACCAGAGUAACUUUAUCGACAGCAGAUGAUGAGGACGCUGCUGCUGCUGACGCUGUGCGUUUACGCCGUCUGCGCCCAGGAUCUGGAGUAUGAUGACUAUGACGACACAGGCUCAACAUCUGGAAACAAAACAGGAAAGUUAGACGUGAGAGGUCACCGUCCAACGACGUCUGGCAGGGACACGUACACACCACAUCGCUAUAGCCCGCCCCCUAUUAACACCGGCGGCAGGUAUCGCGGUCGUCCCACGCCGGCCCCAGCCCGAGGAUCCCAGUCACAGGAGAAGGAACCGAUGCCUGAGGCCGGAGGAUGCACACACGCAGCAGAGGAGAUGGGAGUUUUGUGUCCUACUGGCUGCGAGCUGCAGACAAUGCUGCUGAAGCAAGAGAGGAACGUCAAGACUAGUAUCAAUGAGCUGAGACCUCAAGUGAACGAGUUGUCCAGAUCCACCAACAACAUUUACAACUACGUCAACAGCAUGUCCAGUUCUCUGAGGGAGAGGCAGAGAGUUGUUUCCGACAAUGGCAGGGUGGUGCAUCAAUACACCGAUCAAGUGGAGGAACAACAUGCCUUCAUCAAGGAGACAGUGGACACUGUCUUCCCUUCAAACAUACGAGUCCUGCAGGGGGUCCUGGACAAGAUCCGGCUGAAAAUCCAGAAGCUGGAGAAAGCCAUCCAGGGCCAGAGGGAGGGGUGCAAGGAGCCGUGCAUGACAAAAUGUCCCAUACCUGUGGUCUCAGGUAAGGAGUGUGAGGACAUCUUCCGCAGAGGAGGACGAGAGUCCCAGAUGUACUUGAUCAAGCCAGACGCUUUCUAUCCACCAUACAAGGUCUUCUGCGACCAGACCACGCAAAACGGAGGAUGGGUCCUCAUCCAGAACAGGCUCGACGGCAGCGUCGACUUUGGCCGACGCUGGGAUGAAUAUCGCCGCGGAUUCGGCAACAUCGCCUUCGACGCCGGAAAAGGUCACUGCCAGACUCCAGGCGAAUACUGGCUGGGUAACGAACGCAUUAGUCAGUUGACCAAGAUGGGCCCCACAGAGGUUCUCAUCGAGAUGCAGGACUGGACAGGAAGCAAGGUUAAUGCCCAGUACCGCCAAUUCACCAUCCAAUCAGAGGCAUCCAAUUACGUGCUUGCGGUGGAUGGUUACUCAGGUAACGCCGGCAACUGUUUCCUGGACGGAGCUUUGCAGCUCUUUGGUGAAAACCGCACCAUGACCAUACACAACGGGAUGAUGUUCAGCACCUACGACAGAGACAAUGACAACUGGUUGCCAGGCGAUCCGUCCAAACAGUGCUCGAGGGAGGAUGGAGGCGGCUGGUGGUACAACCGCUGCCACUCAGCCAAUCCCAAUGGCCGAUACUACAUUGGUGGAGGUUACACCAAACUAAUGGCCAAGCACGGCACAGAUGAUGGCAUGGUGUGGAUGAACUGGAAGGGGAGCUGGUAUUCACUGAAGGCCAUCAGCAUGAAAAUCAGGCCUUUUUUCACCACCAGUGGUUAAACAGUGUGACCAAACGUGACAUCAAAAACAGUGAAACACAACAUCAUCUGGACUGUUUGUUUUAAAAAAAUCCUAAAUAACGGGUUAAAAUGUUUUACAUAUACUUCACAAAUAAGGACAGAAACCUGAUGGUUUAUGGGCAAAUGUUCUGUGAUUGUGUUCGCUUCUGUAGGAUAAGUUAAAUUCAACUGUCCAAGCAUUACUCAAUAAACUGAGGAACAUA